CAGCAUCUCCAAGGGACCGGGGCAUCAUGGCCCCUCCCCCGCGUUCUUGGGCCACUCCCGGCACCCCCGUCACCGCCUGCCUGAAAUGAACUAGCGUAAAGCUAAUUAAUACCCUGAGCUCUCGUUGUAACGCAGCAAUUGGCGUACUGGUUCCAGCAGCAGCAACCGCGACAGAGCCUUCCACACCAGACCGUGACACACGCCUUAGAUGACAGGACAUGCUUUUGACCGCAUCUCGUAGUCUUUUUGGCUCCCACAUACACACUUAGAUUCAGAUAACGGCCGAAUAUAAACAACGAAGCAGAUGACACCAUGGCGGACCCGUUCGAAGUGCGCAUGCGCUUCACCAACCAGCUCCGGCAGCUCAACGCGUCGGUGACAUCGGCCCAGAAGGCAGCGCAGUACGCGCUGAAGUAUAGGGACAUGGCCGAAGACUUGCACUCGUGCAUCCUGGAGCAGCUCGAGCGGAAUAACAUGAACACUCGCGCCAACAUCAUGUACUUUAUCGAGCACUUCCUCGACAUGGCCAACCGCGACGGCUACGUCGACUACGUGCGCAUGAUACAGCGCGACAUCAUUAGGGUCGUGGAUGCCGUUGCGCCCGACGACGGGUCAGGGGCGGCGAACGUCAAGGUCGUUCGCAAGGUCCUCCACGCGCUGCAGACCAAAACCCUCCUCGACGCGCAAGUGGUCAUCCAGAUCGAAGAGGUCCUCAAGGAACGGGACGUCUCCGCGCAGGACAUCGUCAUGUCCUCGCCGCCUCCCGCUAACGGCGGCGACGGCGUAGAGGGGGCCGACAGCCUGGGCGACAUGCCCCCGCCCCGCACACUGCCUCCCGCCUACAGCAAGAGGGGUAAUGCCCCGCCCAAGCUCGACAAGAAGCAGAUCGAACAGCGCAUAGAAGAGGACCGGGAGCGGCACAAGAGAGAGAGGGAGAAUGUCUGGGCCGUUCCGCCCGGCGAGGACGCUGAGAUGGAGAAGAUGUGGGAGGAGACGAGCGAUCUGGGUGAGGAUGAUCACCGCAUGGGGGAGGAGGAGUAUGCCGAGUGGAAGGCCGAGGCCGAGGCGCGCCGGUGCCAGCACCAGAGGAAUGAGGCAAAGGGAUGAUAACCCCCGACUAGUUGUGUGGAGUUGAGUGAUUCUGCAUUGCAAGGCGUUUCAUGUGGAUUCGGUGGUUUGGGACAUACCUCAGCAGGUUUAGACAGGUUAUGGCGUGGCUGGAAAAGAGGUCAAGGAAUCACAAAGUGGCUAGUGCUUGGUUUGGGGCAUCACUGGAACAGGAGUUCUAUGGACAGCACUCGUAGCGUAUGCCCGUACAAUGCAGAGAU